UCAGGCUCCGGAGGCUAAUGCAUAUUGAUGAGGAAGGGCUGGGCGCACGCAGAGGGGAGGCAGCCGGCUGGGAACAGCCCGAUCUCCACGCAGGCGGCGGCUCGCUGACUCCGCUGCGUUUCUCCCUUCGGCUCCCCGGGAUGCUAAGCUGAGCUCGCGUCUCCCCGCUGCCCUUCGCCAGCCCCCGGCCACACUCAGGUCAUUGAACAAAAUGUUAAACAGUAUAGGCUACAAACCAAUUAUUGAAGGACCCCACUGGAAAAACUGCUUGAUGACGAUUCCUCAUUUACGAUAAUCUGACUUGAAGAAGUCUAUUUCACUUUAGCCAGUUCAAGAUGGAAGCUCCACUGGUGAGUCUGGAUGAGGAGUUUGAGGAUCUGAGACCCUGCUAUGCUGAUGAGAGAGAAGAAAAAGCCCAUUGUUUUUAUGGCUCAUCCCCUCAGCAUCUGGAAGAUCCCUCCCUUUCUGAGCUUGAGAACUUCUCCUCUGAAAUUAUCAGCUUCAAGUCCAUGGAAGACUUGGUGAAUGAAUUUGACGAGAAGCUGAAUGUCUGCUUUCGGAAUUACAAUGCCAAAACCGAGAACCUGGCUCCUGUAAAAAAUCAUCUCCAGAUACAAGAGGAGGAAGAGCAUCUUCAGGAUGAGGAGGUUUGGGAUGCUUUAACAGACAAUUACAUUCCAUCGAUCACUGAGGAUUGGAGGGACCCCGAUAUCGAGGUGUUGAAUGGCAAUAUUUCUGACUCAGAGAUCCACGAGAAGAAGGAGGAAGAGCUCAAUGAGAAGAGUGAAAAUGACUCUGGUAUUAAUGAGGAGCCUCUACUCACAGCAGAUCAGGUAAUUGAAGAAAUUGAGGAGAUGAUGCAGAAUUCCCCAGAUCCUGAAGAGGAAGAAGAGAUCUUGGAGGAAGAUGAUGGAGGAGAAACUUCCUCUCAGGCUGAUUCAAUCCUGUUGCAGGAGAUGCAGAUUUUGACACAAACCUUUAACAACAAUUGGUCCUAUGAAGGUUUGGAACAGAUGUCAGUGUCUGAGUUGGCCGAGCUGCUGGACCAUGUGGAGGGUGCCAUCCGUGACUACUCAGAAGAGCUGGUGCAGCAGCUGGCUCGUCGAGAUGAGCUGGAGUUCGAGAAAGAGGUGAAGAACUCCUUCAUCACAGUGCUGAUCGAGGUCCAGAACAAGCAAAAAGAGCACAGAGAGCUGAUGAAAAGGAGGAGGAAAGAGAAAGGACUGAGUCUGCAGAGCAGCCGAAUAGAAAGGGGCACCCAAAUGCCUCUCAAGCGAUUCAGUAUGGAAGGAAUCUCUAAUAUCUUGCAGACUGGUAUUCGGCAGACAUUUGGGAAUUCAGCAACUGAUAAACAGUAUUUGAACACGGUUAUUCCAUAUGAGAAGAAAGGGUCACCUCCCUCUGUCGAAGAUCUGCAGAUGCUGACAAACAUUCUUUUUGCAAUGAAGGAGGAUAACGAGAAGGUCCCUACAUUGCUAACGGACUACAUUUUAAAAGUGCUCUGCCCUACCUAAUCUGCCUUUGGAGCCGCAGUGCAACAAGAGACAACAAGGCCAGAGUCAUUCCAUCACAGGGACUGCAUGAUAGAGUCAAUUCCAAAACGUGUAUUUAAAAAUGUAUAGCAUUAACCUGGAUUAAACAUAAGCAAAAAAUAUUCCUUUGCUGUUGGCUUCUAGUCCUAGUAAUCAUUGAAUGCAAAAGUGAAGGCAGGUGCUGCUAUUUUCUCUCUUUGCCACCUGACAUAAUGAAGAGACAGUCCUUCACCACACACUAUGUAUUUUUGGUCCAGCUUCCCAAAACAUAUCACGCUAUGGGACUAAUUUUGAAAUACCGAAAUAAACUUUCAUUUAAUUAAAA